AUGAAGAUCCAGAAUAUCGGGGAGGAGUCUAUCCAUAACAUAUGCAGCAGCCAAGUGAUAUUCACGCUAAGCAGUGUAGUAAAGGAGCUAGUGGAAAAUAGCAUAGAUGCAGAUGCAACAGAAAUAAAGAUAAAGCUAGUCGAAAAUGGUAUCAAAUUAAUACAAGUUAAUGACAAUGGAGCAGGAAUUAAAAAGUCCAAUUUCGAAAAUGUUUGCGCCAGACAUGCCACAUCAAAGAUUACUGAAUUUGAAGAUAUACACACCUCCUUAAAUACAUUAGGGUUCAGAGGGGAAGCAUUAAAUUCCUUGUGUAUGUUAAGCGACUUAAGCAUUGUAACAAAGCAUGAUGAAAGUAGCCAUGGGUAUUUGCUAACAUUUGAUAGCCUUGGGAGAUUAAGUCAUGAAGAACCAAUCGCACGACUGAGAGGAACAACAGUAAGUUGUGAAAAUAUUUUUAAAAAUAUCCCCAUACGGAAAAAAGACUUUAUAAAAAAUAUAAAAUUACAGCUCUCCGAUUUGCUUCUCCUUAUGCAACAAUAUGCAAUUAUUUAUUGUCACGUAAAAUUUGCGAUUCACAAUGUCGUCACGGUGAAGGGGAACGUGAAAAAUCUGAACAUGUUAUUAACCAACGGAGGGAAAGAAACUGUUAAAAAAAGUGUUCAUACUAUAUAUGGGAAAAAAAAUAUCGGCAAUCUGAUCGAUUUUAAUAUAGACUCAGAAGAGUGGAAGCUCAGGGCAUAUAUAAGUGAUAACAACAGUGGCAGGAGAGAUAGAGACAUCCAAUUUUAUUACAUUAACAGUAGACCUAUACAUGUACUAAAAAAUGUGAAUAAAAUUAUCAACUCCAUUUACAGAGAGUUUAAUAGUAGGUUGUACCCCAUCAUUAUUUGCAACAUCCUGUCCGAUACCAAAAAUUUUGAUAUCAAUGUUACUCCAGAUAAGAGAGAGGUUUUUUUUAUUUACGAAAAUGAGUUGUGUGAGAAGAUCAAGAUCUCCUUGGUUAAGUUGCUCACUCCGAAGACUAGCCAACUCGUCGAUACGCACAUCGGUGAUUAUUUUUUGAAGGCCAACAAUAUACAGCUCCCCAUGUUGGGGGGUUCUUCUUCACAUGGGAAGGCAAUGCUUGACCCACCUAAAGAAGAAGGUACCAUUGCAGAGGGGGGAGCGCUGUCACAGUUGCUGCCCAGCGAGGCAUCACUCGGGGGAUACUCCCCAAGCGAACCAAUUCGAAUUGGCCAAAACGGGGACAAGACAGCACAUUCCUGGGAGGGGGCAAGAGGCACUACUGGGGGAGUCAAGGAGGAGCUGCCCAUGUCGCAGCGGGGCCUCCCAAAUGGAAGCGACGGAGGUGGUCACGUUGAAGGAGGUGGUCACGUUGAAAGAGGCGACCACGUUGAAAGAGGCGAUCAUGUGGAUAGAGAUGGCCAAGCUAGCCAAACUGCCCAUCAACAUGCGAAUGUGUGGCCACGGCAAACAUCUGAUGAUGACGAACCGGGUGGGAGAGGCAGCUUCACGAAAAGUUCGCAGCCCCAGGUGAGUGUGCGAGUGAAGGAGGAGCACCCUCAGGAAGAGCGCACACCUCCGUUUGACUCGAGUGAGCAAUUUUUUGGCAGUCCUGUCGUUAAUGGGGGGAGUAACUCUCCCGAGCAGGUGGACCUCCCGAGCAGUUAUCAUCGCGCGGGGCGCGCACGGCAGGGCUGGCAAGUCGAAGGGUUCGUUUCGAAAAAAGAAGCUCAGGGGGACCCUCAAGAGGAGGAGGCCCCCAGGGUGGAAGCGUACGAGUACAAGUUGGAGGGCGUUCCGACUGAGGAGGUAUGCGAGCUGGAGGAUCACCCCAAUGCUCAUGUGUACGAGUACCAGCUGGGGGAUGGUUCGACGGCGGAGGGGUGCGAGCUGGAAGAUCACCCCAGUGUACAUGCGUUCGAGUAUAAGUUGGGGGAUUCGCCUCAGGUGCGCGUUCAAGAGUACCAGCUGGAGGAUCCGCCGCAAGUGCGCGUUCAAGAGUACCGGCUGGAGGACUCACCUAAGGUGCGCGUUCAAGAGUACCAGCUGGAGGAUCCGCCGCAAGUGCGCGUUCUAGAGUACCAGCUGGAGGACAAGGGAGAUAGAGAUAGCACCCACUACGACAUAAUCCGCAGAGAUGGUGACGACUCUGGUGAGGGAGAACGGCAGCCGCAAAAAAGACAUCCUGAAGGAGGGAGCCACAACCGGAUUGGAGAUUCACCCGGCUCACCCGACUCACCCGGCUCACCCGACUCACCCGACCUACCCAACUCACCCGACUCACCGGACCCCCCCGACUACACCUUCGAAGACUUAAAAGAAAACAUAAAAAGGAGCUGCAUCAAAAAUAUCCCCAUAGACAUCAACAUGUAUAUUAAUAGGGAACAAAUGAAGAGCGGGUUCGAUUAUGAUCAGAUCCAUGUUGUUAGUUUAACAAAUAGCGAAAAAAUCAAAAACAUAAUUUUUCCAAAAGGGAAGGAACAAGAGAAGGCGAAGAGCUACCUGUGCCUAACGGAUGAGAAGCAGGUCAGUGAGUACGCGGAUUUGUUUAAUAGCAGCUUGAGCAUUAAGGAGGCAGUCGAGAAGGGAAGUCAGGUGAGAAACGUCUCCGGAGAAGGAAGCUCUGGUGAAGACAUAAGCUUCAGCAAUAUUGAUGAACAGAAAAAGGAUUUAUAUUUUAAGUCCAACCUUUUUGAAAAACUAAAAAUUUGUGGUCAAUUCAACAAAGGGUUUGUCAUUUCGAAAAUUGAUUUGCUGUACUUUCAAAGGGGUCGUAGAGAAAAAGUGGUAAAUCCAGUAGGGUCUGGGGGGAAGGAGGAGGAGGAAAUCGAACCGCAAGGGAACAGCAGCUAUGCCCUGUUCAUUAUAGACCAACAUGCUGCAGACGAGAAAUCCAAUUUCGAAAAGUACAACAAAAUAUUCACCAUGAAGUCGCAGAAAUUGAUUAGCAAAAUUGACUUGGAAUUGAGUCCUGCGCAGAUUUAUAUCAUCGAGAAAAAUUUGGAGAUAUUUUUGCAUAAUGGCUUUGACGUGGAGAUUGUGGAGGAGCCCGUUCAGAAGAGGAGAAGGGUGAAAGCGGCGGACUCGACCGAUGCGACCGACGCGGCCGAUGCGGGGGAAGGCGCCCUGAUGCAAGUGAAGGUCUACUUGCUGUCCCUCCCCGUGUUCAACGGGAGGAUCCUGGAGGUCGAAGACUUCAUGUCCCUGCUGCACCACUUGACAGAGCACCCGAUAACGUACGACAAGGCCAGCUUUCAGAUGUUCAUACGGAACAAGGGCCAACCCAAUAAGACGACGGACACCUGGUUUAACUACAACUUCCCGCGCCCCCAGAAGGUCUGGCGGAUCCUGGCCUCCAAGGCCUGCAGAAACGCCAUCAUGGUAGGGAAAACCCUGAACGUGGCCGAAAUGAUCAAAAUUAAAAAAAAACUUAGCGUGUUGAAGAACCCGUGGAACUGCCCCCACGGCAGGCCCACCAUCAAGUACAUCAUAAACGACAUGGACAUAAAAAGUUGCUUCGAAAAUUACUACGUAAAGCUGUACGACGAAAUUACAAAUCUGAUUGUAACAAAGAAUUACGAUGCGUACAAGUACCUCUUCCACAACCACGCCUUCUUUUUGAUUAUGUCUACCAAGCCGAUGCUCGGCCCGCUCCUGAAGUUUCAGUGA